CUUGUUUUUUUUCUGAUCACAUCGACUAUAACACACAUGCAAGGUGCUAACGACAGUAAGCAAUCGGUUCAUAUGGAUCACAUGGGGGUUUCCUUCAGGACAUUCUCCACUGCUUCUCGUGUGGUUUCGACAGCUAGAGCAGAGUGACAGAAUUUCACUGGUACUAGAAAUGCAUAGGUCGGCACUGUUAAGAACUGUGCUCGCAGUAGCGUUAACUUGCAUCGGACUAAAUAUCGUGUGGAUUUUAUGGAACAGAGACCAAAUUGGAGGUUGGAAAUACAGAUACAGAAGUUCCUACAUACAUGUAACGAUGUUUAAUGCAGAUCUAGAGAAAGGGGUGGAUAAAAUAAACAACCACGAAAUUCCGGAUAGAUCCAACGUCUUCAAAACACGACAGCGAGUCGUAAGUCAUCAUUGCCAGUUUGAGUCAAAGACAAUGUUUCAGUGGCAGAACGCCUCGUGGCGUCCAGACGUCAAGAAAUACAGUCACAUAUACAUUGAUGAUGAGCACAAAUUUCUCUAUUGCAAGGUCCCUAAAGUCGCCUGUAGCAACAUGCUUCGUCUUAUGGUCGGGCUGCGGGGUAUAAAUGACUCGUUUAAUUUACGACCAGCGGACUUCUGGCCAAAAUCAACGGCGCUGUUAGGCCGGCUAAGCCUCGUACCUCUCGAAGAAGUGAGGCAGAAACUGCAGCAUUACACGAAGUUCCUGAUUGUGAGGGACCCUUUUGAGCGUCUUUAUUCUGCUUACCGGAACAAACUGGGCCCGAAGGGCCAACCGCAAUUUUUUAAAAGUUAUGGGAGACCAAUUUUAAAGAAAUUCCACCGAGAUUGGACACCGGAGAAAAUCAAGGCAGGACAAGGCGUGUUAUUUCAUGAGUUCCUGCAGUCUGUCCUAGAUGGUGCUGAGAAUGAACACUGGAAAAAUUAUCAUGAUUUGUGUUUUCCAUGUGAAAUUAAUUACAAUAUCAUAGGAAAGUUUGAAACGUUAGAAGAAGAUGUGAACUAUUUUCUAAAACAGGUUGGUGGAGAUGCUAUAACAUGGCCAUCUCGGAAUUCCAGGUACAAGAUGCUGCCUACGUCAGAAGUAAUGCGAGAAGGAUUUAAAAAUGUCACCUUUGAUUUGGCUGCCAAGAUCGCUAAACUAUAUCGAAAUGACUUUGGGUACUUUGGUUAUUCGCCGCAGACGACAUUCAAACUCCUUUCUGAUCAAGAAUAGCUACAACUAGAAAGAUAGGGGGCGUGUGUGCGUGCUUAAGUUAAUUACCCGAAGACGUUUCAGGCGGAGGACGUUUCGACCGUGGCCACGGUGAAAUAACGAAGGACAUAUUAUGCGAUAUGAGCCGCGUGACACGGUUAUGAGGAAAAACACCUUCAACACUCGUUAUAUCACGGGCCGGGGGCUUGUCAAUAUUUUGAGAGAGUAACGCAAAUGAUUGAUGUAUAUGUAUAUUUGAAAUUAUUUAUUUCACACGAUACCUUGAUAAACAAACUACAAACUUUGAUAUGCGUACCUAUUUAUAUAUAUAUACACAUUGAUUACAGCAUAGCACCAGAUAUUGGACGAGUUGCCUUGUUUUGAUAUAAUUCGGUAACACACUACUGCUCGUGUAUUGCACCCGUAAUGACCCCCCCCCCCCCCUC